ACUAGGUAACGCUUCAGUAGAUCGAACGUACGAGCAUCAAUGAACACACUAGCAUAGCACUCACUCAUACCUAAAAAUAAAAUGAAGUUUAAUAAUAUAAUAAUCUUGUUCAGUGCUCUUUUCAGUCAAGUACUAAGUUUAAAUAUUUUAGGAGUGUUCCCGUACCAAGGCAAGAGCCACUUCUUCGUAUUCGCACCAUAUCUGAAGGAACUAGCCAGAAGAGGCCACAACUUAACAGUGAUAUCAUACUUUCCUUUAAAAGAACCAAUUGACAACUACCAUGACAUAAGUUUGGCUGGAAAAACUAAAAUAUUGGAAGACGUGUUUCCUAUAUACAGAUCGUACUGGACUAUAAUACAAAUCAGUUUCUUCUUGACGAAUUCUGGCCAGGAGAACUGUAUAACGCUACUGGAAGAUGAGAAUGUACAGAAUUUGUGGAAGACGAAACAGAAGUUUGACUUAGUGCUUGUGGAACUGUUCAAUUCUGACUGUGCUCUGGGACUUGCUCACCAACUUGGUGCCCCAGUGGUCGGUCUCACAUCCCACGUGUUGAUGCCAUGGCACUACGAAGACUAUGGGAUACAGUACAACCCCUCGUACGUACCGAUGCUAUUCUUAGAAGGCGGAACGAAGCCAACUCUAUACCAAAGAAUUGAAAGGAGUAUUUUACAUAUGUACUUUAUUUAUUUACAUAAAUUAACAUGUCGGAGGAACAAUCAGAAAACUUUAGCACAAUAUUUCGAUGACGUGCCGCCACUAGAUGACUUGGCGAAGAAUGUUAAAAUGUUACUAUUGUAUACAAAUUACGUGUUGACUGGCUCUGGUCUCUAUCCACCAAACGUACAUGAAGUGGGAGGAUACCACGUCACGAAACCUAAAGAACUGCCCCAGGACUUAAAGAAAUUUAUAGAAGAAUCUGAGCAUGGAGUAAUUUAUAUAAGUUUUGGAUCAAUGUUACGAGCUACGUCUACGCCCAAAGAUAAAGUGCAAGCCAUCAUCGACGCAGUAUCAGAAAUACCUCAGAGAAUCAUUUGGAAGUGGGAGGAAAAGAAUUUACCCGGGAACCCGAAGAAUAUAUACAUAUCGAACUGGUUACCGCAAAACGAAAUUUUAGCUCAUCCAAAAGUCCUUGCCUUCUAUUCUCAUUGUGGUAUGUUGGGGACUACAGAGGCUAUUCACUAUGGAGUUCCUAUGAUCGGUAUGCCGAUUUUUGGAGACCAACCAAGCAAUGCUGCUGCUAUCGAAGAAAACGGUCUUGGAGUACAGAUCCAUAUCAAAGAUUUAACUAAAGAACUCUUACUGGAGAAGCUUAGGAUCGUUUUAAAUCCUGAGUUCAGAAGAAGAGUGAAGGAACGAUCAAAAGUAUGGCAUGACCGCCCGCUGUCUGCCAUGGAGACUGCCAUAUUCUGGACGGAGUAUGCUGCACGCAACGCCAACUACACCUUCGGGACUGCAGCCGCCACCGUACCACUAUACCAGUAUAGGAUGUGGGAUGUCACAGCAGUAAUCCUAGCCAUUUUAGUUAUAUUCUUUUAUUCCCUAAAAACUGUAAUCUCUUUAGUACAGAAGAAGAGAGAAGAUCGUUAUUAUGAGUUCAAGACUAAGUAAUAUUAAUAAAUCUGUUAUUUAUACUU